AUGGGCUUAAAUACUUCGGCAAAAAUAAUCGCUUUUACAGUCUAUGCCUGGCUGAUGAAAGGAGCACUUGCAGCAUUUUCGUUUAGAAACAUAUUUAGACAAGACCGUGCAGUCGUGUUAAUUGGAGCUUCGGCAGUUUGGGGUGCAGUUGCUGCCGGGGUUUGUGCAACAUUAGGUCCAACAUGUUGGAUUUCUCUUGCAAUGGUUGCUGCCUUCCAGGCUGCCGGUUUAGCGGCCAUGGCAAAUGAUGCGGGAUCAGUUGCAGAGAAUACUAAAAGAAGUGCUUCCAUGCUACCAAUUACAGAAACUAUGCAAAAUAUUACCGAUGCGUACGAAAAUCAUAAUAUUAUGGCUAACCCCAUCAUAAGAAAUUUAACUUUAUUGCUAGGUACUGUUGGUGAAGUAUCCUCUGGCACCCAGCUAGUUAAAAGAAGUGAUUAUGAUCUUGCUGCUAAUAUUACUGUUGCCAAAUUUGACUCAGAAUUUGGUCACCAUUUAGCGAUUGCACUACCUCAUUUGACUAGCGAUGAAUUUGUUGCCAGAUUAAAUUCUGCAACUCCGGGUGAACCUGAUGUUUCUCCUAGGCGUCGUUUUUUCAAGAGAGGUUAUGAAGUUGAUUGGGUAUCCUACAAUUACGACAAUGUCAACGAAGGCCUUGCAAGCCAGUUCAUAAAUACGCAGGGUGCAAGUGAUACUGAGGUAUGGUCAUAUGGUGCCGAAAGUUUUAUUUCAGAGCAUGAUGGUUGGAAAUGGUGCUUAGAUUUGAAUAUUGAUUCGUCACCGGAGGAGCCAAUCGACUCUAAUCAUUUAGAAAAUAUCAACGUAGCGGUUCAUGGUGAAAUUUAUACGAACACCUACGGUGGUAUUGAUGGCCAAUGUAAUGAUUAUUAUGAUUGUGUUGAAGGUUGCGACUAA